CGGAGCCCGGGCCGCUGCGCGCAGACUCCAAGAUGGCGGCGCGCAAGAGUUCCGGGCGCACGUGUAGAGCCAAGGCCAAGACCCCGAGCAGCCCGCCGCGCGUCUACCUCCCGGGCCGCGGCCCGCCGCUGCAGGAGGACGAGGAGCUGGUGCGAGACCAGGAAGCCUACGUGCUGUACCACCGCGCGCAGACCGGCUCGCCAUGCCUCAGCUUCGACAUUGUCCGAGACCAGCUUGGGGAUGCCCGCAGCGACUUUCCCCUGUGCCUGUACCUGUGUGCCGGGACCCAGGCCCCCAGUGCUCAGAGCAACAGGCUGAUGGUGAUGCGAAUGCAUAAUCUCCACGGGACCCAGAAAAGUGAGGUGUCUGAGGACAGUGAGAGUGAAAGCGAGGAGGAAAAUGAAGACGAGGAGGAGAAGAAGCCCCAGCUGGAGCUGGCCAUGGUCCCUCACUACGGAGCCAUGAACCGUGUCCGGGUUGCGUGGCUCGGGGAGACCCCUGUGGCAGGGGUAUGGUCUGAGAAAGGCCAGGUGGAGGUGUUUUCCCUGCGUAGGCCCCUGGAAGCAGUGGAUGACCCCCAGGUCCUGGCAGCAUUCUUGAGGGACGAGCAGGCACAGACCCGGCCCCUGUUUGCCUUUGCUGGCCACAUGGCUGAGGGCUUUGCCCUGGACUGGUCCCCCCGGGUGCCCGGUCGCCUGCUGACUGGUGACUGUCAAAGAAACAUUCACCUCUGGACACCUACCGAUGGCGGCUCUUGGCAUGUGGACCAGCGGCCAUUUGCCGCUCAUUCCCGCUCUGUGGAGGAUCUGCAGUGGUCGCCCACUGAGGACACGGUGUUUGCAUCGUGCUCAGCCGAUGCCUCCAUCCGAAUAUGGGACAUCCGGGCGGCGCCAAGCCGGGCCUGCAUGCUCACGGCCCCCUCUGCCCAUGACGCAGAUGUCAAUGUCAUCAGCUGGAGCCGUCGGGAGACAUCCUUCCUGCUCAGCGGAGGUGACGAUGGUGCCCUCAAAGUCUGGGAUCUCAGGCAGUUCACGAGCGGCUCCCCAGUGGCCACCUUCAAGCAGCAUGUGGCCCCCGUGACCUCCGUGGAGUGGCACCCCCAGGAUGGCGGGGUCUUCGCGGCAGCGGGGGCAGAUGACCAGCUGACCCAGUGGGAUCUGGCGGUGGAGAGGGACCCUGAGAUGGGCAUCACAGAGGACGGGGAUCCCCUGGUGGCAGAGCUCCCCCAGCAGCUGCUGUUCGUGCACCAAGGGGAGACGGACAUCAAGGAGCUGCACUGGCACCCCCAGUGCCCAGGCGUGCUCAUCAGCACGGCCUUGUCUGGCUUCACGGUCUUCCGCACCAUCAGCGUCUGAGGCCUGCACCUGGGGAGGCAUCCGAGCCGCCUUGGUCCCUUCCCCCGCCCCUCAGCCAUAGCCUGGGGUGCCCUGCUUGGCCACAGAGGGGCCUGUGCCCUUGGACACAUUUGCCUUCAGAGAUGGGAGGUGGCUUGGCCUGGCCCCCCACGCUAGGGUGUGAUUUGGCCCACCUGCUUUCAGGGAUAGGCUGGUUCCCUCCCAACUCCAGUGCGCUUGGAUGGGUCUUGUCUUGCCAAAGACUUGAGAGGAGGGAGGGAAGGAGGGCCGACAUCACUGGAGAUGGGCAUGUAUGUGAUCAAUAAAAGCCACGAAAACAAA